AUGGCGUCGACUUCCUACGCGUCGGCGUCGUCCAAUUUCGCCGCCACCCCAAAAAGGGGGCAACGACCUAAUUCUUCUUCUUCUUCUUCUUCUUCUUCUUCUUCUCGUGCAACCACUCCAUCGUCGAAGGAUGCUAAUAAACAACGACAAGAACAGAGAAGAAGAAGACGAGGCGAAAUGACGACCACGUUUGCCACGAAAGAAUCAUCAUCCGCAGUCGAAGAAGACCUUCCCUCGGCGUUCUUGAACGAGGCGAUUCGGGCGGAACCGAAAGCGUACCCGCCGAACCGCUCGUAUCAACAAACAGUCAAGAAGGCGUUCGUGGUUUCCGGGUUUGGUUUACACUCCGGUGAAGACGAAAUUGUGAGAGUGUGCCCGGCGUACGCGAACGAAGGACGGUAUUUUGUUCGCGUUUCGGACGACUCGAUCGAAAAGGAGACGGGCGAAGACGAGGACGGAGGCGCGCUGUCGGACGCGCAGGUGAAUAAGUUAUUGUUGGAACGCGCGAGAGCGAUGCUUUCGAACGACCCGAACGAUAGGAAAGAAAUUUUGAGAAACCAGUCGAUAUUAAAAAGAGAGGAUAAGGAAAAGAUUGACUCUCCCGGGGACUUUUUAAGGAACCAAGGAUCAGAGACGAGAGUGCAGGCGAAUUUGGCAAACUUGGCGAAAGGUUUACAAAUCUCGAGCGUGUUGAACGCGCCCGGGACAGAUGAAGCGGCGGUGACGAAACCAGAACACCUUUUAUCGGCUUUAGAAGCGCUCGGUGUAGAUAACUGCAGAAUAGAGAUCGGAGGAACGGGUGAAUUGCCUAUUUUAGACGGCGGCGCCGGGCACUGGGCGCACGAAAUUUGCAAAGCCGGAGUGACGCCGGCGAGGGACGCAAACGAUAAAGGCGGAGAGAAAGUUCCAAAGAAACAGUAUAAACCGAGAGAACCGGUCAUUGUGAGAGAUAAGGACGCGUUCAUCAUGUUCACGCCGCAAGAUCAGUCAAAAAUUUCCUACGGCAUCGAUUUGACGUACAAGUCGACCGCCAUCGGGAAGCAAUGGUUUUCAUGGACGCCUUUAGAAGAUGCGAAGUACGACGUCGUCAUCGCGCCGGCGAGAACUUUUGGUACCAUUCAAGAUUACAUGGCGUUUUACAGACACGACAUUAUCAAAGGUGGGACCGCCUCGUGUAGUUUAAUCGCCAACGGGACUGAAUUUUUAAAUCCGCCCAUGCGAAACGGCUGGGAAAACGAGUGCGCGAGGCACAAAGUUUUGGACUUAAUUGGCGACAUGAGCUUAUUCGCAGAACCCGGCAUGGCUGGCGUUCCCAUCGGGCACGUCUUGUGUCACAAAGCUUCGCACGAGUUACACGCUGAGUUUAUGAGACAACUCGCGGCGACCGAGAGAGACGUAGUAGAUACGGAAGUGUGGGUCACGGAGGACCAGAUUUUGAAAGAAGAGGAGGAGUUCCGAGCUAUUUGGAAUUAA